CGGAGSUCAGAAAACAUGGCGUCCAAGUUGUGGUGUUCCAGUUCUGUUUUUCGACGGUUUAGUCGCAGUAUCUGCUCGCCAAAGGCUUAUAGGUUUUCCACAAGUACUUCCAAGCUAGCAAAGUUCUUUGAUAAUGCUGAUGAUGCUAUUAGUGAUCUGCCAAGUAAUUCAACUCUGCUUGUUGGAGGAUUUGGUCUUUGUGGUAUUCCUGAGAACUUGAUAGGCGCUCUCCGUAAGUCAGGUAUAAAGCAGCUUACUUGUGUGAGCAACAAUGCUGGUGUGGAUGACUUUGGCCUUGGUUUGUUACUCAAUACAAGACAAAUCAAGAGAAUGAUUUCAUCUUAUGUGGGAGAAAAUGCUGAGUUUGCUCGUCAAUACAUGUCAGGGGAACUUGAAGUAGAGCUUACGCCUCAGGGUACUCUUGCUGAGCGUGUGCGAGCAGGUGGUGCAGGUAUCCCAGCAUUCUUUACAGCAACUGGUUAUGGUACACUUGUUCAUCAUGGUGGUGCACCCAUCAAGUAUAAUCCUGAUGGCUCUAUUGCAAUACCAAGUAAACCCAGAGAGUCCAAGGAAUUUCAAGGCCGGAAUUACAUCAUGGAAGAAGCAAUAACCGGUGACUUUGCCUUAGUAAAGGCUUGGAAAGCCGACAAAUCAGGAAAUCUGACUUUCAGGAAAUCAGCACGUAACUUUAAUGCUCCUAUGGCUAAAGCUGCUAAAAUCACAAUUGCUGAAGUUGAAGARAUUGUUGAAAAUGGUGAAAUACCAGCUGAAGAUAUCCAUGUACCUAGCGUUUAUGUUGAUCGUGUCGUCAAGGGAGAAAAUUAUGAGAAAAGAAUUGAACGACUCACCCUAACAAAAGAUAACGAUGCUUGUACUGUCGAGGCCAAGUCGCCUGGUAUGGAAAUGAGAGAGAGAAUUAUCCAAAGAGCAGCUAAAGAGUUUAAAGAUGAUAUGUAUGCUAAUCUCGGCAUUGGGAUGCCUAUGUUGGCUAGUAACUAUAUYCCCGAAGGAAUGACCGUACAUCUACAAAGUGAAAAUGGAAUAUUAGGACUGGGACCUUUYCCUAGACCUGGCGAAGAAGAUCCUGAUCUUAUCAAUGCAGGCAAAGAAACAGUCACUGUAAUACCAGGAAGUUCGUAUUUCUCAAGCGACGAGUCUUUUGCUAUGAUACGCGGAGGACACAUUGACUUGACGAUCCUUGGCGCGAUGCAGGUUUCUCAGUUUGGAGACAUAGCUAAUUAUAUGAUCCCAGGAAAGAUGGUAAAAGGUAUGGGAGGUGCUAUGGAUCUUGUAUCCUGUCCAUCAAAAGUCAUCGUUACCAUGGAGCACGAAGCAAAGGGAAAUAAACACAAAAUCCUGGAAAGUUGUACCCUCCCCCUGACAGGCACAAAAUGUGUUAAUAUGAUUAUUACAGAGAAGUGUGUAUUUGACGUUCAUCCUGAAAAUGGCUUAACGUUAACGGAAUUAUGUCCAGGAGUUUCGAUUCAAGAUAUCCAGACUUCAACAGGAUGUGGAUUCGAGAUCUCCCCUGAUUUGAAGGAAAUGGAAAUCGAUUAAGCUGCAAUCAAUUCGCAGUUACGUGAUAGAAAUAUCACUUCAAAUUCUAGUUACAGAAUUUGGGACACGAAAGUAACUUAUUUUAUUAUUUGAUGUAAAUACUCAUCUCUUAAACUGUAAAGACACCCUCAAUUGGAAGAAUAGUUCUGAUUUGACACUCGUUUAUUAGUUCUCAUAUACGGAAGAAGUAUGCGAUUUAAUUGUAGUUCUUCUUACACAAGCUGAGUGAAGCUCGAUCAGAAGGACUUUUCGCAGUCUUUGCCGGCAACUAUUAAGGAUACAAUGAUAGGUAGUGAUUUGAGUGCUGAAAAAUGCAUUUAGACGUAAAUCUAUUUAAYAAUUAGACCUCGAGGUCGAGUGGACUACGAGCUAAUAGCCCAUGAGGCCCAUGAGCCCAUGAGGCCUGUUUUAGUAUAAACAUACUAUAUCGGUCAAAUAAUGAAAAAAAAUUGAAAUAUCCUKAAAAUGAUUUAUAAGUUUAUAAUUUAUUUAUUUUGAUUUUCCCGCGAGUGGUCUAUCACAAAUUAGACCAUUAGUAGAGUAGCCAAUCACAGCGCAGUAUGAGUGAUAGACCAUUAGUAUGUUUAUACUAA